GAGAAAGAAAGAAAGAAAGAGAGAGAGAGAGAGAGAGAGAGAACGGAGGAGGAGGAGGAGGAGACGUGUCCAAAUAGCUUUGCUUUUUUAGAAGAGUAUUAAUCCCUUCCCUUUGGUUUAUUGGGAGGGGGGGUCUAUGAAAAUAAACCAGAGAGAAACCGAGAGAGGGGGAAAGAUAGAGAGAUAGAGAGACAGAGAGAGAUAGAGAUAGAGAGAGAGAGAUAGAGAGAGAUAGAGAGAGGUAGAGAGAGAUAGAGAGAGAUAUAGAGAGAUAUCUACGGUGCCUCCCGAAACCGUGCACACAAAAACAAGCCCAGCCAAGCAAACCCCGGCCCAGCCAGGCAACCCGAGCCGAGAGGCGCCAUGAUCAAGCUCUUCUCCCUCAAGCAGCAGAAGAAAGAGGAGGAAUCGGCCGGGGGGAGCCGCGCAGGCGGCGGGGGCAAGAAAUCCAGCGCGGCGCAGCUCCGGGUCCAGAAAGACAUAAAUGAGUUAAACCUGCCAAAAACGUGCGAAAUAGUUUUCUCCGAUCAAGACGACCUCUUAAACUUCAAACUAGUCAUCAGCCCGGAUGAGGGCUUCUAUAAAGGUGGUAAAUUUGUGUUCAGUUUUAAGGUGGGACAGGGGUACCCUCACGACCCCCCCAAAGUGAAAUGUGAGACCAUGGUGUACCAUCCCAACAUUGACCUUGAGGGAAACGUCUGUCUCAAUAUCCUUCGGGAGGAUUGGAAGCCAGUGCUGACAAUAAACUCCAUUAUUUACGGCCUUCAGUAUCUCUUCCUGGAGCCCAACCCUGAAGACCCUCUGAACAAGGAAGCGGCCGAGGUCCUCCAGAACAACAGACGCCUCUUCGAGCAGAACGUGCAGCGGUCUCUGCGGGGGGGCUACGUGGGCUCCACCUACUUCGAGCGCUGCCUGAAAUAAACCAGAACCAGGGGGGGGGGACUGACACACACA